UGUUUCAUUUGUUGGGUGGUAAAAUAAACCGCAAGUAAGAAACACGUGGUUACUUGUUUAUGGCAGAAGGGUCGUGACCUUGAGAGUAAGACGAAAACCAAUCAAAACUGUUUAUCCUUGUGACGUCAUGAGACAUUACCAUUUCCUGAAGAUGGCGGAGAAGAGUAACCAACCUCAAGUGAAAAUAGGCCAUUACAUACUUGGUGAAACAUUAGGUGCAGGUACAUUUGGCAAAGUAAAAAUUGCCAAACAUCAGUUGACAGGUCAUAAAGUUGCAGUAAAGAUAUUGAACAGACAAAAAUUGAAAAGCCUUGAUGUCGUGGGAAAAAUUAAACGAGAGAUUCAAAAUCUCAAACUCUUUAGACAUCCACAUAUCAUUAAAUUAUAUCAAGUUAUGAGCACACCAACCGAUAUAUUUAUGGUCAUGGAAUUUGUUGCUGGUGGUGAACUCUUUGACUAUAUUGUUAAGCAUGGAAGACUAAAGGAAGUAGAAGCACGUAGAUUUUUUCAGCAGAUAAUAUCAGGAAUAAACUACUGUCACAAACAUAUGGUAGUUCAUAGAGAUCUAAAACCAGAAAAUCUUUUAUUAGAUUCAUUUGGAAGUGUGAAAAUUGCUGAUUUUGGUCUGUCCAAUAUGAUGCAUGAUGGUGAAUUUUUAAGAACAAGUUGUGGUUCCCCAAAUUAUGCUGCACCAGAAGUUAUAUCCGGAAAAUUGUAUGCUGGUCCAGAAGUGGAUAUUUGGAGUUGUGGUGUGAUAUUGUAUGCUCUUCUGUGUGGAACGCUUCCAUUUGAUGAUGAGCAUGUUCCUACAUUGUUUAGAAAAAUUAAAUCGGGAAUAUUUGCUAUACCAGAUUAUCUGUCAAAAGAAGUUGUUAGUUUUCUGUGUCACAUGUUACAAGUUGAUCCUUUAAAAAGAGCUACCAUCAGUUCAAUUAUUGAACAUGAAUGGUUUAAGAAAGAUCUACCAGCAUAUUUAUUCCCAUCUCCAAAUGAUCAGGAUGCUUCUAUCGUUGAUGUGGAUGUUGUUAGAGAAGUUUGUGAUAAAUUUAGUGUUAGUGAAGAUGAUGUGCAUAGAGCUAUUUUAAGUGGUGAUCCCCAUGAUCAGUUAGCUAUAGCUUAUAACUUAAUCAUUGAUAAUCAGAGGAUGGCAGAUGAAACUUCCAAAAUAGAUUUCCAUGAGUUUUAUUUGGCAUCUAGUCCCCCACCAGAGUCUUUUUUAACUGCAUCAAGUCCUCACAGACCACCUCAUCCAGAGAGAAUGGGAGAAAUGAAAGAUUUAAACCAAACACUAGAUCCUGUACCGUCUGUUGGUCCAGGCAAAGUACAACCAGUCCCUAAAAAGGCCAAGUGGCAUCUAGGCAUAAGAUCUCAAAGUAAACCUCAGGAUAUAAUGCAUGAAGUAUUUAGAGCUAUGAAGUCAUUGAAUUAUGAAUGGAAAAUAAUCAACACAUAUCAUGUCCGAGCAAGAAAGAGGAACAGUAUAACUAAUAAAUUUACAAAAAUGAGUCUACAACUAUAUCAAGUAGACCAAAAAAGUUUUCUUUUGGACUUUAAAAGUUUAACGCAUGAUGCUGAAAAUAAUUUUAAUAAUGAAAUUGAUGGACAUCUUUCUAAAUCAAAGUCGGAUGAUAGAAUGGAAAUUGAUGGAGAUUCCGAAGGACAGUGUCAUCAAACUUUAGAAUUUUUUGAAAUGUGUGCGAAUUUGAUAACAGCAUUAGCACAUUGAUAAAUUCUUAUAAACUGAUGGAAAAGGUUUUUGUAUAAAUCAUUUACACAUACCAUUGUUUUUAUCAUGGAUUUUUUUGAAUAAUAACUUUUUAUGGUUCAUCAUUGGUGAUGAUAAGAGUUUUAUUUAUAUUAUUUAUAAAAUAUGUAUAAAGAUAUUUUGUCUGUUGGUAUAUAAACACUAGACUUUAAAUAAAAACGGUAACACAAGGCAAUUUUAUUGACAGACAAUCUAGUAAAGCACUUUGCCAAAUAACCAUGUACCAUUUUUGUUGAUCAGUUCUAAAAGGAGCUCAAAUCAUACAUUUUGUACAAAAGAUUUUAUUUUCAUUAGAUGGUUGGAAAAUUAAAAUGAUUUUUGCAUUUGUAAUUUUAGAGCUCCAUAGAUUACCAAAGUGCUUUAGAUUUGCUGUAAAUCACAUGAACUGUCAAAUCUUUACUUCAUAAUAAUGCCUGUUGGAACGCUUAAACUUGUUAAACAAGACGCUUUACUCAACAUGGAUAAUUUACAUGGUGACAUGAUACCGAGUGUAAAUAAGAAAUAUUGGAUCAGCUGUUACUGAUUUUUCAAAUGAAUUGAUCUUUAGAGAUAUUCACAAAUAAACUUGUUUGUUGAAGAUAAUUUUGAGCUUUGGUCUUUGAACAAGUCAGAAUAUUAAGUCAUGUUAGUGCUUCACUCUGUAACUGUAAUUGAUAGUUUGACAUUUAUGUUGAGUAAAGAUUGUCAAAGAGAAUACAAUUAUACCUGUUUUUCAGUUUAAAAGAACCUAGUUUAAUCAUUAUUGCUUUAUUAGGUUAAAUGUUCAUUUAUUUUCUUAAUACAUUAAAUGAUAGAAAGAGGAUAAUUGAUGUGAUUAGAAACCUACAGACUGGAUGAAUGACGAUGUGUAUGAAAUAUUAUGAUUUACCCAACCAUAAUAAUAUAUAGAUAAAUGUGUACAUUUUGGUUUUAGAAAAAUCUUGCAUAGAUAGCAUGCUUAAAUCAAACAAUUGCGAUAUUGUCUUAUGACAUGUUAUUAUUCUAAGCAAUGUAUAACAGAUAUGUAGUGAUUAUUUUCAUUUAUAAUAUUAGAAAAGAUCUACUAUUUGUAAGCCUGUCUAAUAAUUUAAUUUUUGUAUAAUUAUCGCUAAUGAGAAUAUAAAUACGGUUUUAGAUAAAAAAAAAAAAAGGUUAGACUAUUUGAUGUUUGAAUGAUCUCUCAUUCCCUGUAAAAGGACAUAUUGCUGAUGAUAUCCUUGUGUCUUACAUGAUAUCUAUCUGGAUGUUGUAACUGAAUAUUCAAUCAAGGGUCACUUAGUUGGAUAUUGCUCAUAUCAGUAAAAUAACUACAAAUACCUUGAUUGUUCUUGAGAGGAUUUUGUAAAGCCCAGACCGGUUUUGCUCUAGUGAAAGUUCUAAACUGUAACAAUAAACCCCACCUUAAAAUGGUAUGAUGUUGAAGUAAUUUUAUCUGCAACAAUCUGUCCUUUUAACAUCAUAUAAAUACUGUACCAGUUAUAUAUUGUAUUAGAGUAGACUCCAAUCUGUGAUGGUUUAAAAAUGGCAAAGACAAGACAGAAGAGAAUUUUGUGAAUAUGUAAAAUAGUAUAAAUAAAUGUAUACAUGAAUAUAUAUUUAAAAACAAAGAAGUUAAAAAAAAAGUGCUAAUGUUCAGUGUAUAUGUUAUAAAAUAUGGAAAUAAACUUUCCGACUAAUAUAUAAAUAUUAGUAUAAUGAAACAUUU